CCCAUCAAUAUUUCCUUUUUUUUUUUUCUUCUGGUUCCAUGUGAAUGAAUGCACGUGGACAUCAAAUCAACGUUUAAAUACAGUUGAAUUCAAUUAAAACAAAAUCACCCCUCCACCCUUUCAUUAACUCCUCCCUAUUUUCUUUCCUUUUUGUCGUAAAAUCAUUCUCUGUUCUUUCUUUCCGUUGCCUUAUUCCCGAUCACGCUCCAACCCCGCUCCCCGGGAGCCUGCAAUGUGUGUUUGUUUUGCGUUGUGUGUGUAUGUGUAGGUAUUGAUUCAGUGGAGAAAAGGGGAAAAGGCCGAAAACGAAAAGAGUGGAGAGUUCUUUCUGUUCACGUCUCUCUUUCCUUGUUUUUUUUCUUUUUUUUCAUGUUUUUCUGUGGUUGUUCUUUUGUAUCGUAUUGGGUCAGCGUUGAUGCUUCUUAGGUAUUCUUGAAUAACUCGAACGACUUUGGGGUUCUCUAGGCGAGCCAUUCUCGAGAUACUAAAGCUUGAGUGUGGAUACGAGGAGUGAUCUGAAAGCACCCAUCAGUUUGUUUCCGCCGAUCAGUGCUUGUGGUGCGUAAAUAUCUACAAGGACAGAAGAUGACGUUGCUGAUGACCUAGAAGGGUAAAGUUCAUGGUACAGCGUGGAGAGAAUUAUUAUUGUGCAGAAAGUUAAAGCCCAUGCUACAGUUUUCAGACAAUUCUUGUUCUGUAGGUGCUUCAAAGACUCCAACAAAUUUAUCACAGCGAAUGGGAACUAGUGCUCGUGUAUUUUUCCAAUCUGAUUCUUAUCGCGUCUCAAAUGAUGCUUCACUUUUCUCAAGUUCACUGCCUGUUCUUGCCCAUGAAAAGUCGAACUUCACUGAAUUAAAGCAUGAUGCUCAAUUCGUGGAUGACUCCUCGCCUAGUUUGAUUGGCCUAUGUCCAGAUUCAGAGGGCAAGAAAUUGCUUGAAGAGGGUGAGAAUCAUGAAGUUGGAAGGUUCCUCCCUGACGAUGAGGAUGAACUCCUAGCUGGGAUGAUAGAUGGCUAUGACGUUAGUUGGUUGCCCAAUCUUGUGGAUGACGUGGAAGAAUGUGAUGUUUUUGGCAGUGGAGGAGGUUUGGAAUUGGAAUCUGAUUCACAAGAUAGCUUAAGAGUUGGUGUUUCUAAAUUGAGUUUAUUUGAUGAUGGUGUUGCCAACGGAGUAGCUCAUGUUAAUCUUACUAAUGGUGUUGGUACUAUUGCUGGAGAACAUCCUCUAGGAGAGCAUCCUUCUAGAACGUUAUUCGUCCGUAACAUUAACAGUAAUGUUGAGGAUGCAGAGCUUAGAGCUCUCUUUGAGCAAUAUGGUGAUAUCAGAACAAUGUAUACUACAUGUAAGCAUAGGGGCUUUGUGAUGAUAUCUUAUUAUGAUAUACGUGCGGCUCGAACUGCUAUGCGGUCAUUGCAGAAUAAGUCACUCCGGAGGAGAAAGCUGGAUAUUCACUUCUCGAUCCCUAAGGAGAACCCAUCUGACAAGGACAUCAAUCAAGGAACCUUGGUAGUAUUUAAUUUGGAUCCAUCAGUUUCUAAUGAUGACCUUCAACAUAUUUUUGGGGCUUAUGGCGAGGUCAAAGAGAUAAGGGAAACACCACACAAGAGGCAUCACAAAUUUAUUGAAUUUUAUGACGUUAGAGCUGCGGAAGCUGCACUUAAAUCCUUAAACCGAAGCGAUAUAGCCGGGAAACGCAUAAAGCUGGAACCCAGCCGCCCUGGUGGAGCACGUCGAAGCUUGCUGCUGCAUCUAAAUCAAGAGCUUGAACAAGAUGAAAGGAAUUUGCAUCGAGUAGGUUCACCACUUGAGAAUUCUCCCCCUGGUAAUUGGCCACAGCUUGGCAGCCCUAUGGAGCGGAAUUCUCUCCAGAACUUCAGUAAAUCACCUGUAUUUAGCUCUUUCAGUCCUCCUGUAGGCAACAGUUUACCUGGAUUAGCUUCAGUUCGGCAAUCUCAAGUGCCAAACCAGAGGGUCACGCCCACAGGAAAAGAUUUGCUAAGAGGCCCUCAUUUGGAACACAUAUUUUCAAAUGAAAAUUCAAACUGCCGAGGUAUCUUUGACCAAUCUCAUUCAUUCCCAGAGCAGAAGUUGAGUCCGUAUAGUGGACCUGUUUCUUCUUUUGGUGCUUCCGCUUUCAACACACCCAGAGCUCAGACCAUGAGAUUCCCUUUUAUGCACGGUGGAAAUAGUGGCUUUCCUAUACCAAAUCUUCAUGGAUCUUUCUGCAGUUCUUCUCAGCUCCAACAGCAGCGUCACCAGUACCAUAUUGGAUCUGCGCCAUCUGGUGUCCCUCUUGAACGACAAUUUGGUUACUUUCAGGAGUCAUCAAAAGCAUCAUUGAAGAGUCCCAGUUUUGAUGGUGUAGCUCCAAUUUAUAAGGAUCGGAGUUUCACGGGUAAUAUGGUUUCUCCAAGACUAAGUCCCGUGUUUCUUGGUAAUGGUCAUUUUCCAGGAGUUGCAGUCUCUAACAUGGAGGGUUUGGCUGAACGUGGAAAGUCCCGACGCAUUGAAAGCAAUGGAACCCAAAUAGACAACAAGAAACAGUUUCAACUUGAUCUUGAUAAGAUUAGGAGUGGUGAAGAUACUCGAACGACCCUGAUGAUUAAAAAUAUCCCCAACAAAUACACAUCCAAGAUGUUGCUGGCCACCAUCGAUGAACAUCACCAGGGAACGUAUGAUUUUCUCUAUUUGCCCAUCGAUUUCAAGAAUAAAUGCAAUGUGGGUUAUGCAUUUAUCAACAUGUUGUCACCAUUGAACAUUAUCCCAUUUUAUGAGGCAUUCAAUGGGAAGAAGUGGGAGAAAUUCAACAGCGAGAAAGUGGCCUCUUUGGCAUUCGCUCGAAUUCAGGGAAAAGCAGCCCUUGUGGCCCAUUUCCAGAACUCAAGUUUGAUGAAUGAAGAUAAACGUUGCAGACCGAUUCUCCUUGAUUCAGAAUCCCCGGAACUUAACAAUAAGCUCAUCAAAGAAAAUCCUGCUGCUGGUCAGUCAAAUGGAGAAGAGAACAACACCUCCUUUGUGAACGAGAGAUAACGACCGUGUGGAAGCUACCGUCUUGAGAAGUGGCUGCUCUUGUUUCAAGUGUACAAAAUUAGGACCAUGUAAAUCCAAAAAGAAAAGAUUAGCUUCUGCUUUGUUGUCAUUGUUUGCUACUUCAUAUUGAUGGAAAUUUUGGACAAGAAACCGUUCCAUUGAUGUGAAGUUGAUUCGAUACUUUUGUAUCAAUGUGAAGUUGAUUCGAUACUUUUGUAAUGAGACGGAUGGAAAAUUUUAGGGUAAAAAUUGGAGUUUUGAAGGUUGGUCGAA